AUGGCGGGUGCGCUGCGGCCGCGCUACAUGAUGGUGGUGCUGUGCUUUGCUGCCACCCUGGUGGCGUACCUGGAGCGCGUGGCGUUCUCGGUGGCCUUCACUGCGGCCGCCAUUGAGCAGCACCUGGACCAGGCCACCAAGGGCGGCGUGCUCUCCGCCUUCUACUACGGCUACGCCCUCUCCCAGAUCCCGGGGGGCUGGGCGGCCGCGCAGUACGGCGGCCGCCGCGUCCUGCUCUGCUCCUUUGCGCUCUGGGCGGUGUGCUCCGCGCUCACGCCCGCGCGUGCGUCACCGCUGCUGCCGGUGGUGGUGGCGCGGGCGCUCAUCGGCGUUGCGCAGGGGCUCAUCUUCCCUGCCAUCCACACGGUGCUCGCGCAGUGGACGCCCCCCCACGAGAAGAGCCGCGCCGUGUCCCUCGUCACCUCCGGCAUGUACAUGGGCGCCGCGACCGCCAUGCUCAUCAUCCCCACAGUGGUACAGGCUGGGGGGCCGCGCGCUGUGUUUCUGUUGAUGGGCGCGCUCGGCGCAGCGUGGGCGGGCGCGUGGGCUCUGCUGGCGCGCGAGGCACCGGGGAGCGAGGCGACCUUGCAGCAGGGGCGCACCGAGGCGCUACUGGCGCUGCAGAUGGAGGCGCUGCAGGCUGCAGAGGCGGGGGAGGGGGGCCACGACAAGGAGGCCAGCAAGCAGAAGGGGCCUGCGCCGGGGGCCAUCCCGUGGGGCGGCCUGCUGCGCAGCAUGGCGGUGUGGGCGAUUGUGGUGAACAACUUCACGUUCCACUAUGCGUUCUACGUGCUCAUGAACUGGCUGCCCACCUACUUCGAGCAGGGCCUGCACGCGCCCCUCGCGCGCAUGGGCGCCGCUGCCACCAUCCCGUACCUCCUCAUGUUCCUGGCCCUCAAUGCGGGGGGCGUCCUCGCGGACCGCCUGGUGGGCCGCCACCGCGUCCCGCUGCUGACCGCGCGCAAGGCACUCAACACCGUGGGCUUUGGCGUCGCGACGGUCGCGUUUCUGCUCAUGACGAGGUUCCAGACCGUGAGCGGCGCCGUGGCGUGCUCCUCGGUUGCGCUUGGGGCGUGCGCAUUUGCGCGAGCGGGAUUUGCGGUGAACCACAUGGACAUUGCGCCGCGGUACGCGGGGGUGGUGAUGGGCGUGUCCAAUACGGCGGGCACGCUGGCGGGGGUGGUCGGGGUGGCGGCCGCGGGCAUGGUGCUCACAACGGCCACGGACGGCAGCGGGGAUGUCACGGGGUGGGGGGCGGUGUUUGGGCUGUCCGCAACGCUGGUCGCAGCGGGCGCCGUGUUUUAUAUUGCCUUUGCAAAAGGGGAGAAGUUUAGGAGCGUCAGCUGUGAAAAGGGUCGGUGGUAG